UAUUAUUUAUUAUUGUUUAAUUUUUAAUUUUUAUCAUGUUUUUAACGUGAUUUAUAAAAAAAAAAAAUUAGUUUAUGUUUAGUUAUUUAUACAUACAUUGUUCUUGUUAAUAUUAUUAUAAAAUUUAAACAUGCUUGGAUAUCAAUAUUGUUUAUUUAUGCGUCGUUCUGUAAAUGUACUGCACAUUAAUUGUUAUGCUAUUGCUGGCUGUUCAACUAAUACCAAUCCUUCAGAUGGCAAAUUCAGAGUGUUGGACUUAAAAAAGAAAACUUUCAAACCACAAGAAAAGAAAAAAUAUAUAAAAACUAUCACAAUGGCUCCUAGAGAACAAAGAAUGCCAGUUGAUCAAGAUUGGACAAAUGUUUGGCCUGGACCUAAAACUUUUCAUCCAGCUUCUGUUCCUUUAGCACUGCGGCAAGGUUACGAUCAAAAAAGAGCAUCACCUGGAAAAUAUGGCAAUGCUGAAUUGAUGAAAAUUCCGAAUUUUUUGCAUCUUACACCUCCAGCUAUUAAAAAACACUGCCAUGUUUUAAAACAGUUUUGUACUAAAUGGCCUAAUGGGCUUGAAACUGAUGAAGAUUGUAAUAAACAUUUUCCAUUAACAGUUAUUUCUACAGACUAUUGCCAUGCUUCACCAACUAUUAGAGAUCCAAAGGCACGUAUUGUUACUUUGAAGUUUAAAUUGAGUUCAUUACAAUUGGAUCAGCAUGCUAAAGAUAAGAUGAUUAGAUUAGUAGGAAAAAGAUAUGACGAAGAAACAGAUAUGGUUACUAUAGUGAUUGAUAGGUGUCCAAUGAGAAAGCAAAAUUAUGAUUAUGGAAUUUAUAUUCUUACUGCGCUUUAUCAUGAAUCUAAUACUUUUGAAGACUGGGAAAAAUUAAAACAAGAAGCUGAUAUGGAAUAUUAUGUAUGGGAAAAUAAUCCUUCUAAAACAGCAUAUGUCUCAUAUGUACAGUAUCCUAAAGUAGUUACAGAAGAAGAUGUUAAGUUAUAUUCUAUUGAUAAUGACCCUGUAGGGCAAAUAUAUAAAGAAGCUGUAUCAUAUUUAUUAAAUAAUGGUGAAGACAUUUAUACAUUAAAAAAGUACAGAGAUGCUGCAUAUGCAAUUCUAUUACCAGAAGUUGAUCAAACAUCAGCAUGAAGUCCUAAAAAUAUAUAUAUAUUUAUACAUGGACAUUUUUUAAAUAAAAUUUAUUUGUUAUGUAGAUA